GCGACCAGAGCAACAGCAACACACACUAGUCACGUGGUGGUGGAGUCACGUGGCUAUCAGGAAGCUGAGAUCUGUUUACCUAGAGGUGUCAUCCAUUCACUGCGACACCGAGCAUCCUUUAUAUAUGUGAUGAAUUCAAUCACUACUCGAUAUCCGUGCUGAUAAUGUCCUCCUCCAUCACCCCCUUGUGACCGUCACCAUCACCAUGGCAGCUUCUAGUUACACUUGCAUCCACGACAGCGCCACAGAGAAGGACCGGCUCCUGUCCCCCGUGACCAGCUAUGGGAGACCUCGACCCACCGCUCUGGUGGACUGUGAGCCCCCUGAGAAGCAGGAGGAAGAGAAGGAAGAGGAGGAAGAGGAGGAGGAGGCCCUGAGGAGGCAGCUCAAGUACUUCUUCAUGAGCCCUUGUGACAAGUAUCACGCCAAGGGACGCAAGCCUUUCAAACUGGGCCUGCAGCUGCUCAAAAUCAUCAUCGUGACCGUGCAGCUGGUGCUGUUUGGACUGAGCAACCAGAUGGUGGUGACAUUUAAAGAGGAGAACACGGCUGCAUUCAAACACCUUUUCCUGAAAGGUUAUCAGGACAGCGUUCCUCAGGCCGUCCACACGCAGAAGGAACUGUACAGCCGCAUCGACUUCGCCAUAGAGCAGUACUUGGCUCUACCUCAGAUCUCACUGGGGCUGUAUGCAUACGGGUUGGGUGAAAACGGAAGUGCGCUCUCCCUCUGCCAGAGGUACUACAGGAAGGGCACCAUCGACCCCGUCAACGACACCUUUGACAUUGAUCCCCAUGUUCGCACCGAAUGCGUUGGAGUGAAUCCACUGACUUACAUUCCUGCUCCAGGAAACAGUGACUACAAGAAUUUCACUCUCAAGUUUUACAAGCUGAUCAAUGUAACAAUUGACUUCCAGCUGAAGGCCAUCAACAUUCAGACGAUUAUAAACAAUGAAAUCCCUGACUGCUACACCUUUGCUAUCACGAUCGUCAUGGAUAACAAGGCGCAUAGUGGCAAAGUUAAGAUCAGUCUGCAGAACCAGGCCACCAUAAAGGAGUGUAAAGACCCCAACGUGUCUGGACACGCGGAGAGCUACGCUCGGGAGUUCUUCGAUGUGCUGGUGGCGUUCGUCUGCCUGCUGUCCCUGCUGCUGUGUGGGCGCUCCAUCCUCAGAGGCAUCCUCCUGCAACACGAGUACGUGCAGUUUUUCAAACACAAACUUGGCCGCUGUGUGAGCUGGGGAGAGAGAAUGGAGUUCAUCAACGGCUGGUACAUUCUGCUCAUCGUCAGCGACAUGUUCACCAUCAUCGGCAGCUUCAUCAAAAUCGGGAUCGAGUCCAAGAAUUUGUCAUCAUAUGACAUAUGCGGGAUCCUGCUGGGAACCUCCACUCUGCUGGUGUGGGUGGGAGUCAUCCGCUACCUCAGCUUCUUUCAGAAAUACAAUAUCUUGAUCGUGACUCUAAGAGCUGCUUUUCCUAACGUCAUCCGCUUCUGCCUCUGUGCAGCUGCCAUUUAUUUGGGAUAUUGCUUCUGUGGAUGGAUCGUGCUGGGGCCCUAUCAUACCAAGUUUCGCUCCCUGUCCAAGGUGUCAGAGUGCCUGUUUUCUCUGAUCAACGGGGACGACAUGUUUGUGACGUUCGCUGAGAUGGAGAGCAGCGGCACGCUGGUGUGGAUCUUCAGCCAGGUCUACCUUUACACCUUCAUCUCCCUCUUCAUCUACAUGGUGCUGUCCCUCUUCAUCGCACUCAUCACAGGAGCCUACGACACCAUUAUGGCUCAAACACAGGAGCAGGUACGAGUCUCCGAUCUGCACGCGUUCAUUGCGGAGUGCGCGGACACACCCAGCUCUGGCAAGUUCCGCGGGCCCGAAGGGUCGUCGUGCUCCUUCCUCUGCUGCUGUGAGUGGUGAGGAGGAGGAGGAGGAAGAAGGAGGAAGAAGGAGGAAGAAGGAGGAAGAAGAAGAAGAAGAAGUGGAUGCACAGAGGGAGUAAGCAGUGGGAUUUUUGUCUCUCUUUAAAGCACUAUAUUUCCACUCUAGUGACAGCUGUCUGCAAUUGCGCUUCUUUUUCCAAAUACCCAGCAGGGACGAUAAAUGCCUUGAGGGUGAACAGACUGACCUUGGACCAGGUUGUCCUCUGUUUGAAUUUUGCAUUUAGAUUUGUAGUGGAACGGCCGAGCGCACCGCACAGUCUCAAGCCCAAUUACCUGCUUCGGCUUUUUGUACUGUAUGAAUAAUUUAUCGUCUCUUCCUGAGAUGUCAGUUUGUUAGAGCUUUGAUGACGAGUAGAUGCCAGUAAACGUAUUCAUUGCUUUAGACUGGACACAAGGUCCACCAAGUAAAAUGGAUGCGCAUUUUCACUUGAAUGAUCCACUAUACACACAGGGUAUUUAUUAUCAUUUUAGUGUCCACAUGGCUACCUAGGUUACAGGAUUUUUGUUGCCUCUUGAUUAUGUAAAUAUGUGUACAUCCUCUGAAUCUUCAUAGCAGAGGUAGAAUAGACACGAGAUGGCUUGAAAAAAAAGAAGGAUCAUUAACCGCCGUGCGUAUGCAUUAGCUUCGUUCCUCCACUCCAGUUUUCAUUCUUUGCUUUGUUCACAUCCACCUCUGACCUGAGGGAGAGGAUGGCUGCACGAGGAAGGACGAGCCCCUCAGCCAACCAGUUAGUCAUCAAUAUGUAUGAACUGUUUCAGAGCCAGGUGACUAAUGCACAUCAAGACAGAGACUCUUUACUGUUUGGUUUUAAGUGCUGCAAAAUAAUAUUCCUAUAGAAAAUUUAGGAUUCAAACAAUGAGCUGCACAUUGUGCUAGACUAUAUACAGCCUUCUAAAGGCAGAGAGCAGUAACUACAGAAACAGUGAAGCUGAGAAAAGAGGGUAAAAGAUAUAUAUAUAAAUGAUAAAACUUUUAAUUUUAUGCUGAUUAUUAGUCAUCAUCACACGCUUCGAGAAGACGCAGGGAAAACACAUCUACAAACAAGAUAUGUUCUUGAUUCUUCUUCAGCUGUCUUGUCCAUUUGAACCAAUGAGCUACUUUAAAGGUGCUCUAUAUAAUAUCCAGAGCAUUAAUAUAGCAUCAAACAACUAUUUGGUAUGUUAAGAUAUAGAGAGGUGAAGUCACUCCUCUUCCGGUGGACCCCAGGGGACCUCGUUUCGGAAAGAAUAUGAACGGUAGUCAACGGCGAGAGACAAAUAUUUUUUUGGUCCCGUUUGAAUUGCGCCAUGAAUCACACAUAUGAUGUUUGUCAAUUUAAAAGAUCAUUUUGUAAGUCAAGAAAGUCCCAGUUUGUCGUAGUACCAUUUAGCUUUGUGUGAAACCGCUCAGUGAACUACAUCUCUCGUCUCAAACAAUAUACGUCACCAACACUAGCUAGCUAGCUAAUUUAGCGAUGUUUCACGCACAGAUGAAACAUUAUCUUAUCUGAUUGGUUUUAUCCAGCAACUCCUGGUAUUUUUAUCAGCCGGAAAGAGAAAGAAAGAGUAAGACCUGUUGCUGGUGUGAGUACAUCCCAGUACGAAACACACAGACAUCGUAGCUUCAGAGAGAGAGAUGUCACUUACACACGACUUUUGGGUGUGUAGUCUUAUUCUAAUUAUGUAUUUUCACAGUCUGACACUUCAACAGUUUUACAACAAACUGCGUCUUUCUUGACUUGCAAAGUAAUCUGUUAAAUUGACAAACGUCGUAUGUCUGAUUCAUGGCACAAUUCAGGUUAAAAAAAUUACUUGUCUCUCGUCGUUGAGUACCGUUCAUAUUUCUUCCGUAUAAUAAGGUCCCAUGGGGUCCACCGGAAGGGGCAAGACUUUGCCUCUCUAUAGAGGAGUAAUGUCUAUCUGAACAGAGAAUGAAGUCUCUCUCUCUCUCUGUGUGUGUUUUAAUCAGAGCUUCUCUGUGCUUUGUUGACAUAGCCGGGCCGGCUGUUGCCUUUGUUUUCACUGUUUGCGCUGUUAGCUACGAGCACCUGGCUCAGUCGUCGCCAUGUUGAGAGCCAUGCAAAGGCAAUACAAAUGCUCCCAAUCUGGCAUUUAGCACCUUUAAUAAUUAAUCUGUAACUAAAAUACCUGUAAAUACAUGAUUAAACUGUAGUUUAACCACAUGAAAUCACACAAAUUCCACUAGAGUCAGACGCUGCAGAGGUGCUAGUUACUGCUACUCUGCUAAGCUUAGUUUAUCUGGUGUUACGUUUUGGCAGAAAGAGAAAAGGAGUUUCCUGGAACAAGAGGGUGAAUUAUUUGAAGUUAAGGCUCGCUGGAGUGCAGUCACUGCAAAUUGGUUUUUACCUCUUACAUUUUUUUAGUUCUUGUGAAUUUUUCAUGCAUUUUUAUGGUACGGUAAAAUGUCAGAAAGUCAGAUGCAGUUUUACAUACAUUUUGACCAAAUAUGUAGUUAAAGUGUUUUGGCUUUUUAGGUUAGUGCGUAUGCAGCUUAGAGAGUUGUCUAUAUUUUAUAUAAUGUGUCAGACUUUGAGGCCAUGUGUAAAAGGGUAAUAACUCUUUUUUUAUUAUCUAUAGGGCAUCUCUGCAACCCAGCACUUCUUCAUUCACCCUUUUAAAAGAAAAAUUAUAUUCAGAAUAUCUUAUUAUAGAAAUUUACUGAAGCAGUAAUGUCGUUCCAGCACGCUGCGUGGAGGCACAUGAAGGGCACUGCUCAAUGGACAAAAUGUGUUUCAGGACUAAAGGGUACUUUUUUAUAUUGUUCACUUCACUGACAUGCUACCUUAAAUGAAUGAAUAUUGUUUACAGUCACGACAACAUGUGUUUACUUUUAAUGAAUGUUUAUUCACACUUACUUAUUUGCACUUAAUGGAGACUGAUGUACAGCUUCACUUGAUUUAAAUGUGUCACAUGGGAGCAAAGCACUAUAUACUGUAAGUAAUGUGCAUCUGUUGGUGUUUUCCUGACACUUAUGGGAAGGUUCUUCAAUGGCACUUUGAUUUAACGGUGUUUUUCUUUACAGUUGUUUCCUUAUAUUUUAUGCUGUCUUAAUUAUUUUUACCUCGUUCUGAUAAAGAAGCAAGUAAUGGCUGAAAGGAAGUUUCUACGUUUCUGUAUAGGAGGAACCUCAUUUGUAUUGAAUUUUUUCUGUGACGAUGCUGCCUUCUGAAUGAAGUACUGAAGUUCUGAAGUACACGUCACGCAAAUAAACUGGAAAGACUCUGAAA